CAAAAAGUGUGCAACAAUAUGUGCAAUUACAAACAAAAACAAUAUGAAGCCUCUUCAUCAAGGCGUCCUAGGAAGCCAAGAAGAUACAUUGAAAGGCUUCGUGAAGAUGGUCAUCAACGCCUGUACAAUGAUUACUUCGCUGAGAACCCAACAUACCCAGAAGAAAAGUUUUGACGUAGAUUUCGCAUGCGAAGAAACUUAUUUCUUCGCAUAGUUGAAGGUGUCAAGAAUCAAGAUCCAUACUUCCAAAGCAACCCUGAUUGUACGGGCAGAGAAAGAUUCUCGGCACUCCAAAAGUGUGCAACAUCAAUGCGAAUGCUAGCAUACGAUUUUGCUCGCUUGCUCCACGUGGGGCAACAAAGAGGUUUCCCAGGUAUGCUAGGAAGUAUUGAUUGUAUGCAUUGGGAGUGGAAAAAUUGUCCAACGUCAUGGAAGGGUCAAUAUGCUAGAGGGGAUCAUGAAACUCCUAUGAUUAUGCUUGAAGCUGUUGCUUCACAGGAUUUAUGGAUAUGGCAUGCUUUUUUUGGUCUUCCAGGUACAUUGAAU